AUGGAUGGUUACUCUGUGACACUUACGACGCUCGACUGGAUUGUCUACGGUGGUAGGAAUCGAGGCGUUGGAGAACGGUGCAACUAUGUGCACUUUGCAAAUGUGGAUAACGGUCUAGAGAGGCUCGAGCGUUUGGUGAGUGACUAUUUAAUUAACGAAGAUCUUAAUGUACGCGAAGGGGUGCAGGACUAUGUGGCUGCAGAUAUAGUCAGAGCUAAAGAGUUGUUAGAAACUACGACCGUGAGAAAGGGUUCCCACUUCGAGACUGGCCUGCUUUGGAGGCAGGAGAAUGUGGAACUACCAAAUAGUCGAAAAAUGGCGGAAAAGAGGUUGUUGGCUCUAGAAAAGAAAUUCAAGUGCGAUAACAAAUUUAAGUCAGCAUACGUUCACGUAAUGAAGGAAUACGAGGCUAAAGGAUAUGCAAGGAAACUCACGGCGGAUGAGAUCUUGACAGGAGGGAAGCGUAGCUGGUUCCUACCACACUUUGGAGUUUGGAACGCGAACAAACCUGGAAAGAUGAGACUUGUCUUUGACGCUGCUGCGGAAGUUAACAAUGUAUCGCUGAACUCGACUUUGCUUAGCGGACCAGACUUAAACCAACCUUUAGCAACCAUCCUAACGAAAUUCCGGCAGAAGCAAGUAGGUGUAUGUGCGGACAUAGUGGAAAUGUUCCACCAGGUGAAGAUACGCGCCGAGGAUCAAGCAGCACAACGCUUCUUAUGGAGAACACACCCUGAACAUCCCAUCGAAGUCUACACUAUGAGCGCGAUGACAUUUGGAGUCAUCUGCUCCCCAAGCUCGGCACAGUUCGUUAAGAACAAAAACGCAGAGGAGUUUAGAGUACGGUUUCCUGAAGCGGUGGAGGCCAUAGUCAACAACCACUACGUCGACGAUUUUGUCCACUGUUUCUCCACCGUAGACGAGGCAAUCCGAAUAACUGAGCAGAUAGUAUGGGUUCAUAAACAGGGAGGUUUUGAAUUAAAGCGCUUUGUAUCAAACUCUGAACAGCUAACUAAAAGAAUGAAUAAUAAAGAAGAACGCCCGUCCUACUUGAACCUCGAUAGAGAUAAUGCUGUACAACAGGAGAGUUUUGCUGAGGAAUAUUACGCGCUGAUGGCGGGAGAGAAUUUGGAACGGAGCAGCUCGCUGAGAACCCUCACACCGGCGCUAGAUGAAGUAAGAAUGAUACAGGUCGAAACUCCAUCACGUCACCGAGCUCGUGGUAUAUUACUAUCACAAAAUCUGGAAGCAUCAAAUGAGGGCAUGAUAAUCGCGGAGAUACAGCGGCGAUAUUGGAUUCCACAAUUCAGAGCAGAGGUGCGUCGUGCUGCGCGAAGAUGUCAAGUUUGCGUAAGGGAAAAGGGCCAAGCCGAAUCCCCCACAAAUGAGCCAACUUCCGGUACAUAG